GCAGGUAAAGUGUCAAAAAUAGAAAGUGUCGCGAAAAAAGUCCUCCGUUCCGGCAGAGUUGUACCACACAGUGAAAUAGCAAUUUUUUAGCCUUAUUCUGGCUCGCUUGGGUUCCAACUAGCUGUACAAAGUGAAAUUCGGGUAUCGCGGUGUUAAGUAAUCGGUUGGGGUGUGCCAAUUACGGCUCGUGAUCCGUCGAAAAACGCAUCUGUUCUGUGGCUGUCUGGGGCGGUCCGAUGUUAGGUGUGAUAAAUAUCGAAUAAACUCUCGUCCUCUACCCGCAGAGGAUUUCUACAUCGCUCCACGGAACCGCGUCUCGUCUUGGAUCGCUAGUGUUUUUUUUUUCUUUCUUCAAUCUACAGUCUCCCUUUGGAACGGCAUAGUCCGAUUUUCAAGACUCCCCAUUCGGGAAAAAACGAUGAGUAAUGUUUUUUAACUCCAACGCGAUGAUUCUGGAAGCUACCUGCUGAUCCGGAAAACCUGAAACAUCUACUAAAGCGAAGGUCCAGGCAUUGGAUCAUUUUUUCCUUCACUCCCCUUGCCUCGUCAUAACUUGACCUAGUUUUUGGUGCUAAGGCAGCCAGCAAGCCGCUGAAGGAAAAGUGAUAAGUUCCAAGUCCAAAUCAACCACCUUCUCCGAGCUAGUGAAGCGAAGACGUAAAAAAACAACAAACCGCGACUAUGUUGAAGUCCAACCAACCAUCUUUCGAGGAGAAAUGGCCCCAGAUGCGGCCGAUCGUGCUAAAACUGCUGAAACAGGAACCGGUGACGCACUCGGAGUGGCAGGAGCUGUUCUACGCCGUCCAUCAGGUGUGCCUGUGGGAUGACAAGGGCCCGGCCAAGAUCCACGAUUGCCUCCAGGAGGACAUCGUGACCUUCAUCAAGCAGGCCCAAAGUCGCGUGCUGGCUCAGCGGGAGGAACAGGCACUUUUGAAAGCGUACAUCGUCGAGUGGCGGAAAUUCUUCACCCAAAGCAGUUAUCUGCCGUUGCCGUUUUGGCAGCUGGAAAAUGCUCUGCAGGGUAAGAGUCAAUCAUCUAGCGUAAAUUCGGGCGGAAGUUCGUCGAAAAAAUCGAAUCAUUCGGACGACAGCAUAGUUAGGAAGCUGAUGCUGGAUUCUUGGAAUCAAAGUAUAUUUAUGAACAUCAAACAUCGGCUGCAGGACUCAGCAAUGAAAUUGGUUCACGCCGAAAGGAAUGGUGAGGCGUUUGAUUCGCAACUGGUCAUAGGCGUUCGUGAAAGUUAUGUCAACCUGUGCUCGAACACCGAAGACAAGCUGGAAAUCUAUAGGGAGAACUUUGAGGCAGCUUAUUUGCAGGCCACGUCUGCUUUUUAUCGAUUGAAGGCCAGCGAACAGCUGCAGGUAGAUGGUGUGAAAGCGUUUAUGGAGUAUGCUGAUUCCAAGCUAAGGGAGGAAGAGGCUCGUGCAGAACGUUAUUUGGAACCGGGGAGCAUCACUGCAUUGGCUCAGUGCUGCGUUACAGUGCUCAUCGGAGAUCAUUUGCCCACGCUGUUGGCCGAAUGCCCUCCAUUGAUCGAAGGUCGGGAAACAGAACGUCUGCAGCUAAUGUUCCGAUUGUUGGACCGAGUUGCCGGUGGAGUCGAUCCAAUGCUUCGGGAUCUGGAGAACCAUAUCGUUCAAGCUGGACUGGCCGAUAUGGUGGCAGCUGCCGAUGUUAUUACUCAAGAUUCAGAGAAAUAUGUCGAGCGGUUGCUAGAGCUGUUCCGUCGGUUUAGUAACCUGGUCAAAGAAGCGUUCAACGACGAUCCCCGGUUCUUGACGGCACGCGACAAAGCAUUCAAAACGGUCGUCAACGACAUUACGGUUUUUAAGCUGGAGCUUCCCACUUCUGCCACGGCGAUGGCCCGUGGCAUCAAGUCCUCAACUCCGGAGUCCAAAUGUCCGGAGCUUUUGGCCAACUAUUGUGACAUGCUGUUACGGAGGACUCCUUUCAGCAAACGGCUAACCACGGAGGAGAUCGAAUCUCGUCUCAAGGACGUACUGCUGGUGCUCAAAUACGUAAGCAAUAAGGAUGUCUUCAUGCGCUACCAUAAAGCGCAUCUCACGAGAAGACUUAUACUAGACUCGAGUGCUGACAGUGAGAAGGAGGAAGACAUGGUCGAAUGGCUCCGAGAAGUUGGUAUGCCUGCCGAUUAUGUUAACAAACUAGCUCGAAUGUUCCAGGAUAUUAAGGUUAGUGAAGAUCUGAACGCUCAGUUCCGGGCUCAAACUACCCGCCAUGACGCCAUCAACAUCAAGAUCCUCAAUGCCGGUGCGUGGGCCCGGGGCUCCGAACGCGUUUCGGUUAGCUUGCCGCUAGAACUGGAGGACUACAUUCCGGAGGUGGAAGAAUUCUACAAGAAAAAACAUUCCGGCCGGAAGCUACUGUGGUAUCAUCACAUGAGCAACGGAACCAUCACAUUCGCGAACAACUCCGGUCGCUUCGAUCUAGACGUGACCACAUUCCAGAUGGCGGUGCUGUUCGCCUGGAACCAGCGUCCGAACGAGAAGGUUUCCUACGAAAACCUUUGCCUCGCAACGGAACUGCCGGAUCCGGAGCUGCGCCGCACCCUGUGGUCGUUGGUGGCUUUUCCGAAGCUCAAGCGGCAGCUACUGUCAUACGAACCGGCCGUGGCGAAUCCGAAAGAUUUCACCGAAAAUACUCUGUUCUGGAUCAACCAGGAGUUUGCAUUGAUUAAAAACGGUAAACCACAGCGACGGGGCAAGGUCAAUCUGGUUGGUCGGCUGCAGCUGAGCACGGAACGAUCCCAGCAAGAGGACAACCAGUCGAUCGUACAGCUGCGGAUACUGCGAACCCAGGAGGCCAUCAUCAAAAUCAUGAAGAUGCGCAAGCGGCUGAGCAACGCUGCUCUGCAGGCCGAGCUGGUUGACAUUCUCAAAAACAUGUUCCUACCGUCGAAGAAGAUGAUCAAGGAACAGCUCGAGUGGCUGAUAGAGCACAAGUACAUGCGGCGAGACGACGACGACAUCAACACCUUCAUCUACAUGGCCUGAACGGCGACGGCAGCAGGUUGAUCCACAUGAGCAGUCGCCCCUCGUCGCUGUUGUUGUUGUUUGUUCCUCGCAGCCCUUCUCCAAACAACCGAUGUCCGAGGGACAGGGGGAAUACUUCCGAGUUCAACCCAGAGAACCGUUUUUUAAGGACUGCUGUUUCGCGCGACUAACAGGAAGCGGAAACAAGCUCCCGACAGCAGGGCGAAGUUUUAUUUUUUUAUUUUUGCUCGUUCGUUUACAUUUGAUUUUUUGACUUAGUGGAAUCCGGGAAAUGUACUGAAAAUAUGACGACAAUUAUUAGUCGAAACAAUGUGUGAAAAGAAAGUUUUACCAUGGUUCCUCUCCAUGAUAUGAUUGUUGAAUAUUUUUGAAAAGUGUAAUUCAAAGCUGAAAAUAUCAAGCCACCAACAAACAAAAAUAAACCAUACUAGUUUUAAGAA